AUGAAGGGAGUACAAGGAGAGGUUGGAGCACCUGGCAGGAAUGGAGCUCCUGGACUUCAGGGAUCUAUCGGACCUGUUGGUAUCAGUGGAGAAAGGGGAGAUGCUGGUCUUCCAGGAUACGUUGGAUUGACUGGAAGCCGUGGACCUGCAGGACCAAUUGGAGCCCGUGGAAUCGCUGGAGAACAAGGACCAACUGGCCCAGGUGGAUCAGAGGGAGAAACUGGAUCUACAGGACCUGCUGGACCACGUGGACCAAUGGGAGAACUGGGACCUAAUGGUGGACCUGGACUUCUUGGAGCUCCUGGAAAUCCUGGAUUCAUGGGUGAUAUGGGAGAGUCUGGUGAACAAGGAAGCCCUGGUGAGCCUGGAUCGAGGGGUACAAAUGGUGAGCCUGGUACCCCUGGACAGACUGGACCCAAUGGUGCUCCUGGUGAUGAUGGACUUGCUGGUAAUGAUGGAAAGACUGGCCCCACUGGUAGCCCAGGAAGGGAUGGACCUGCUGGAGCCUCUGGAGACAGGGGGCAGUCGGACCACCUGGAGCACAGGGACCACCUGGAAUCGCUGGAGAAGCUGGAUUCAAUGGCAACACUGGUAUUCAAGGACCCCCUGGAGUUCGUGGGGAUGCUGGUGGUGAUGGAGAGCGUGGUGCAGAUGGACCUACUGGUCUUCCUGGUGCUCCUGGUAACCGUGGUGAUGGUGGAAUCCAAGGACCUGUCGGUGUUGGUGGAGCUCAGGGACCCCCUGGCGCACCUGGACUUGUUGGAACACGUGGAGCACGCGGAGUCCCUGGAGCCACUGGACCUCGUGGAGGAGUUGGUGUCUCUGGAGAUGCUGGUGAACAAGGUCUAAGAGGAGCUGCAGGAAUCCAGGGAGCCUCAGGUAUCGCUGGAGAACGUGGAACAGAAGGACGAUCAGGAAGAAAUGGAGAAGUUGGAACUACUGGAAUUGCUGGAAGCAUGGGACAGCCUGGUCUCCGUGGAUUACCUGUGAGUAAA